AUGGUGAAUGAAUACAAGAGAAUUGUUCUGCUGAACGGAUUAGCGAACAUCAGUAGUGACCAAUUUGACUGCUUUAAGUUAUUAAUGUCCAGUGAUUUAAGACUGGAGAGAAACAUGCAAGAGAAAUAUACCAAGGGUCAGAUUGCUGACAUGAUGGAAGAUGAAUUUCCAACUGAUGCUGGAUUGAGCAAACUGAUUUACUUUUGUGAAAAUAUACAAACUCUUAAAGGACUUGCUGAAACCCUUAAAGAAGAGAAAUCAAAAGUAAAAGGAAAAACACCACUGAGAAAUAAGAAUCAAGAAGCAGGUUCUUCUAUAAAAGCACCAACUGCAAGCAAUACUUCAGCAUCGGAUGGAGGGAAGACUUCCUCAGCUCAGAAAAGAAAAAGUAUGAAUAAUGAAAAGACUGCCAUGAAAAAGGUCAAGGGGUCUGAGAGGCCAAAUCACCCUCCAUGUUCUACAGAAAGCACAGCCAGAUGCCAGUCCUCAGUAUUCAAGACCUCAUCUUUGGCUUCAUUCAACACUUCUUUGGAUAAGAACCAAAAGACACAGACCCAAAACCAGAGCACUGCCAGAGGUGCUGUUUGCAAAAAUGAUGCCAUGAUAGUGAUAGUGCUCAAGGCAACAGAGCCAUUUGUAUAUAAGUCAACAGAACCUGGAGGAAAGAUGAUGUUUCAUGCUACAGUGGCCACUGAAAGAGAGUAUUUCCAUGUGAAAGUUUUCAACAUCAACCUGAAAAAGAAGUUCACAAGAGAGAAUGUCAUCAUGAUCUCUAAUUACCUUGAAUUCAAAGGAAUUCUAGAGAUAAAUGAAGAUUCCUCUGUGCUUGAAGCUGGUUCUGUCCAAAAUAUUAAAGUCCCUACAAGUAUUAUCAAAAAAUCAAAAGAAACUCCCAAGAUUUUUGAUAUUCGCAAGUAUGCCACUGGAACAUUGGUUUAUGGGUUAUUUACAUUACACAAGAUAAAGGUGAACCCAAAGAACACAAUCUAUGAAAUGAAGGAUGCUACAGGAAAUAUAGAAGUUCUAGGGAGUAAGCAAUGCUACAACAUCAGAUGUAAGGAAGGGGACAAACUGCGACUCUUCUGCUUUCAAGUGAAAACAAUUGACAAGCAACCGAAGCUGGUGUCUGGCGAUCACAGUUUCAUUAAGAAGAAGUCACGCAAAACAUCUGUUGCUACAGAAGAAGACACACUGCCUGAGACGAUGUCCCAGCUUAACAUAGCAUCAGCUUCCAGCACACAUCCUGCUGAUGAUCAAGAUCAGACUGCUCCCAACCAUUCCCCAGACCUUGCUGAGAGUCUCCCUACUCCUGCUCCAGGCCUCGCUACACAGACCCCAAACCAGAGCACUAACAUAGGAGCUGUUGGCCAAAAUGAGGCCAUGAUCGUGAUGGUGCUGGAUGCAUCAGAGCCAUUGGAAUAUGUGUCAAAAGAAAAAGUAAUAAAGAAGAUGUUUCAUGCUACAGUGGCCACUGUGACCGAGUAUUUCAACUUGAAAGUUUUCAACAUCCACCUGAGAGAGAAGUUCACAAAAAGUAAUAUCAUCAAAAUCGCCAAUUAUAUCAAGGACGAAGGAAUCCUAGUGAUAAAUGAAAAUUCCUCUGUGACUGAAGCUGGUCCUGAUGAAGUGAUUGAAGUCCCCAACAGGCUUAUCAGAAGAGCAGAGGAAACUCUCAUGAUUUCUGAUAUUAACAAGAUUGUAUCUAAAGCACCAUUUUAUGGGUCAUUUACAUUAAACAAGAAAGUGGUGAAGCAAACAAAAACAUUCUAUGAAAUGAGGGACGAUACAGGAAAUAUAGAAGUUGUAGGGAGUGGGAGAUGCUUCGACAUCAAAUGUAAGGAAGGAGACAUACUACAGUUCUUCGACUUUAAAAUGACAACAACUAACCAUCAAGCGAAGCUGGAGUCUGGAGAACACAGUUUCAUUAAGAAGAAGUCACGCAAAACAUCUGUUGCUACAGAAGAAGACACACUGCCUGAGACGAUGUCCCAGCUUAACAUAGCAUCAGCUUCCAGCACACAUCCUGCUGAUGAUCAAGAUCAGACUGCUCCCAACCAUUCCCCAGACCUUGCUGAGAGUCUCCCUACUCCUGCUCCAGGCCUCGCUGUGAGUCAACCCCAGAUUCUUUUCUGGAAUCCACCAAACUCUCCUAGCCAUUCCUCAUCAAGUGUUAUGAUUUCCUGUUUCCUUUAUGAUAUCUUCAUGAUAUAA